ACCAUACAUCUGUCCCAGAUAUCUUUUCUCAAAUCGGGAGACUGAGUGGGAAGAAAAGAGAAGUAUGGUUUACAGAUCAAGAAUUUAAUCACAUUCAUACUUACAUCCUCCGGAACUGUGACGAUGUCAUACCAUUCGAGAAGAUCUUUGAUGAUCAAGUGUCUGGAGCGUAUCCAAACAUGACAGAGGCUCGAAAAGAGGAAAUGAAGCAGACACAAUAUGCUAAUUGGUUAAAAUAUUAUAUCAAAUCAGCCGCAAGUAGGCAGGAACACUAUCCAACAUGGUUUGAAGAGUUGGUUGGAGGUCCUCUAUCAAGGGCAAUGGCAUACCCGAUGUAUUGCACUCGAGGCUACGUUUUCAUAAAACGUCCAGGGAUUACUAACAGAAAAACAGUGAAUUAUGGGGUCGUUGUUCGUACAGAUUCGAUAGACUACUAUGGUGAAAUUACUGAUAUAUUAGAGGUUGAAUAUCCGGGAGUCAUAAAUUUGAAAUGUAUACUCUUCAAGUGUGACUGGUAUGAUCCUAGAGUUGGAAGAGGUGUUAGACUUACAAAGUAUGGUGUCACAGAGAUCAACUCGACUAAGCAGUUAAGAAAGUACGAUCCGUUUAUACUUGCAUCUCAGGCAGCACAGGUUUGCUACAUACCAUAUCCACAAGUAGGUGUUCGACAAUAUCCAUGGAUUACGGCUCAUCAAAUAAAUCCAAGAAGCAGAGUUGAUGGGGUGAAAGAAAAGGAACCGCUACAACAAAUUGCAGUAAACGAAAUUACGCAAGUAGAUCAAUCUGUCGGUGACAUUCCCCUC